UGCGACCUGACCCGGAAGAGGCUGUCUUCAGAGCCCACGUGUUCCAAGAGCAUGGCGGAGAUGGAAAGUCAGGACGUCGGUGAGCCUAUGUCUCUGGGAGAGGGAACGAAAAGCAGCGUUCGGCCUGCUGACCGUCAUGGCCUGCUGAAGCACAGUCGCGAGUUCUUGGACUUCUUCUGGGACAUUGCGAAGCCGGAACAGGAGACGCGUCUUGAGGCCACGGAGAAGCUGCUGGAAUAUCUGCGCACAAGACCAGUGGGGUCCGAAAUGAAGUACGCCCUGAAGCGCCUAAUCACUGGGCUCGGAGUAGGGCGAGAAACCGCUCGGCCCUGCUACAGUCUAGCCCUGGCCCAGUUGUUACAGUCUUUUGAAGACAUCCCCUUGUGCAGCAUCCUGCAGCAGAUACAGGAGAAACAUGAUCUGCAGAAAGUUAAAAAGGCAAUGAUGAGACCUGCUCUCUUUGCAAACCUGUUUGGGGUGCUAGCCCUCUUUCAGUCAGGCAGGCUGGUGAAGGACUCAGAAGCACUGAUGAAGUCAGUGAAGCUGCUGCAAGCCCUAGCCCAGCACUACAACCACUUGCAGGAGCAGCCCCAGAAGGCCCUGGUGGAUAUCCUCUCUGAGGUCCCGGAGGCCACAUUGCAGGAGGUCCUGCCAAAGGUCCUCAAGGCUGACUUGAAUUCAGUACUUGGCUCGCCUGAGCACCUGGAGCUCUUCCUCUUGGCCCAGCAGAAGGUGCCCACGAAGCUCGAGAAGCUGAUGGGAUCAGUCAACCUAUUCUCGGAUGAGAAUAUCCCCAGAUUGGUGACUGUGCUAAAGAUGGCUGCCACCUCCGUGAAGAAGGAACGCAAGCUGCCUGCCGUGGCUUUGGACCUGCUCCGCCUGGCACUUCAGGAGGACAAGUUCCCACGGUUCUGGAAGGAAGUCGUGGAACAAGGGCUACUGAAGAAGCAGUUCUGGCCAGCCAGCUACCUGUGUUUCCGCCUGCUGGGUGCUGCCCUGCCCCUGCUGUCCAAGGAGCAGCUGCAGCUGGUGAUGCGAGGAGACGUCAUUAGACAUUACGGGGAGCACAUGGUUACUGCUAAGUUCCCAAACCAGUUCAAGUUUGCUCCAGAGAUGAAUGAGUAUGUGGGAACCUUCCUAGAAGGCUGCCGGGAUGACCCUGAACGACAGUUGGCUGUGGUAGUAGCCUUCACGUCCGUCACCAACCAGGGCCUCCCAGUCGUGCCUACUUUCUGGCGGGUCGUGCGGUCCCUAAAUGCCUCUGCCCUCAAGGGCUACGUGGCCUGGCUGCGGGACAUGUUUCUCCAGCCUGACCUGGACUCCUUGGUGGACUUCAGCACCAGCAACCAGAAGAAAGCCCAGGAUGCUUCACUCCAUGGGCCUGAGCGUGCUGUGUACCGGCUGCGGAAGUGGAUCAUUCUCCGCAUGGUCAGCAUCGUAGACAGCUUGCACUUGGAGAAGGAGGAGGCCUUGAUUGAAGAAGUGGCCAGGUUUUGUUUCUUUCACUCAUUCUUUGAAAAAAAGAAGCCCACAUCCCAGAUCCCAGAAACGGAGCAGCAGUUCUCCUUCCCUAUGGAGGGCCGGGCCCGAGAGGUGGUCAGCAAUGCUUUCUUCAGCCUGCUGCAGACCCUUAGUACACAGUUUAGGCAGGCACCGGAGCAGACCCAGGACAGACAGCCGUGGACCUACCGCCUGGUACAGUUUGCAGAUAUGUUGUUGAACCACAGCCGCAACGUGGCCCCCCUGGCACCCUUCACUACGCAGCAGCGCCAGGCCUGGGACCGGAUGCUGCAGACUCUGAAGGAACUGGAGGCUCGCUCCUCAGAGGCCAAGGCCACUGCUUUCCAGCACCUCCUACUCUUGGUGGGCAUCCACCUCUUCAAGUCUCCCACAGAGAGCUGCGACCUCUUAGGUGACAUCCAGACCUGCAUCAAGAAGGGCCUGGGGGAGAAGACACGCCGCACCCGCUCCAAGGCCACCAACCCCCAAGAGCCACCAUGGGUGGAGGUGCUGGUGGAGAUCCUCCUGGCCCUCCUGGCCCAGCCUAGCCACCUGAUUCGCCAGGUGGCUCGGAGCGUGUUUAGCCACAUCUGCUCCCACCUGACUCCACGUGCCCUGCAGCUAAUCCUGGAUGUGCUAAACCCAGAGCAGAGCCAGGAUGAGGAUGACAAUGUGGUGGUCACGGACGAUUCCGAGAAGCAGCUAGAGGAUGAGGAGGACAAGACCUCGGACAGUGAGGACAACAAAAACUCUGAGAGUGAGGAGGAAAGCAAUGAGGAGGAGAGUGACGAGGAAGAUCGGGAUGGGGAUGUGGACCCAGGCUUCCGGGAGCAGCUGAUGGCAGUGCUGCAGGCAGGGAAGGCACUGGGUGGAGUGGACAAUGAGGAUGAUGAGGAAGAGGUGGGGGAUGAGGCCAUGAUGGCUCUGGACCAGAACCUCGCCAGUCUCUUUGCUGAGCAGAAGCUACGCAUUCAGGCCCGGAGGGACGAGAAGAACAAAAUACAGAAGGAGAAGGCACUCCGGCGGGACUUUCAGAUCAGGGUCCUGGACCUGAUCGAGGUGCUGGUGACCAAGCAGCCCGAGAACCCCCUGGUCCUGGACCUUCUCGAGCCGCUGCUGAACAUCAUCCGGCGCAGCAUGCGCACCAGCAGCACCAAGCAGGAACAGGACCUCCUGCACAAGACCGCCCGCAUUUUCACACAUCACCUGUGCCGCUCCCGGCAUUAUUGUCAUGAUGUGGGCAACUGCGUGGAGACUCUGUACACCCAGGUAGAGCGUCUGGUGCAGCAGGCUAGUCACCAGGCCGACUCUUCCAUCUCUCUCUACUACUUCAACGCCUCUCUCUACCUGCUGCGGGUCUUGAAGGGCAACACUGCUGACAGUUCCAUCUGUAAGACCCAGAAGAAAGAGAAAGCAGGCACUGAUACCAGCACUAAGCCUAAGGGCCCCAAGGUGGCCCAGGCUACCAGCUGCUUGGAUUUAAGCCUCGUGACCCCAGUCUACUCAUCAGCACUGAGCUCCUUCCUGACCAAGCGCAAUAGCCCACUCACCAUUCCCAUGUUCCUCAGUCUCUUCUCCCGGCACCCGGUGCUCUGUAAGAGCCUGCUCCCCGUUGUGGUUCAGCAUGUGACAGGCCAAGUGCGUCCCCGCCAUCAGGCCCAGGCCUGCCUGCUACUGCAGAAGACCCUGCCCAUUCGGGAGCUGAGACUGUGCUUUGAGGACCCUGAGUGGGAGCAGCUGGUUGGUCAGAUCCUGGCAAAGGUCACUGAGAACCUGCGGGCGCUGGGUGAGGCGCAGACGAAGUCAGAGCACCUGAAGGAGCGGUCUUCCUUGGAGCUGCUCAACGCUCUUUUCCGGAUUAUCAAUCAUGAGAAGCUGACUGUGGACCUAACCUGUAUCCGGAGCGUGCUGCAGAGCCAGCAGCCAAACCUGCAACAGAGGGUGCAGCAAGGAGAGCACUCAACCGGGUCUAGCCGCCUCUAUGACCUCUACUGGCAGGCCAUGAAGAUCCUCGGAGUCCAGCGUCCCAAGUCAGAGAAGAAGGAUGCCAAGGAAGUCCCCAGUGCCACACAGAACCCCAUCAGCAUGAAGCGAAAGAAAAAGGGUUUCUUGCCAGAGACCAAGAAGCGCAAGAAACGCAAGUCUGAGGGCACCACACAAGAGGAGAAUGCCAAGCCUACAUCCAUCAGUGGGGACCAGCCCCCCAGCACCGGCAAGAAGAGGAAGAAGAGGAUGAAAGCUAAGGUCGCAGCCCAGGCCCAGGUCAAUGGGACUCCUGCUGCCAGGAGUCUUGCCAUCAAGAGUCCGGACCCAGAGCCCCCUGCCGCAAACCCCAGCACCCCUGCCAAGACCCCAAAGCUACAGAAGAAAAAUCGGAAGCUGUCCCAGGUGAAUGGAGACACCUUUGUGUCCCCUACAGAGCCUGCUGGCGAAAAGCAGCAUCAGAAGGAGCUGCCCAAAAAGGGGGUCUCAGGCAAGUCGCCACACUCGGCACUGCCGCAGAAAAAGGCAAGAUUGUCUUUGGCCAGCAAGAGCCCGAGCCUCCUCCAGACUGGGGCCAAGAAAAAGAAAGCACAGAUGAGGAAGGAGAGAAAGUCCUGAGUGCAGGCCUUGCUCUUCCGCCCCUCCCUAUCAGCCAGAGAGACUCCUGUUUUUUAACCAUGAUUUUAAUAAACAAGCCACUGUGUGAGGUACUA